UCUUUGCACUUGGGAAUGCUGACAGCUGGCACUGCUUCAUCUUUCCUUUUAGGGACAAGAAUCAUUUACGACCGUAAAUUCUUGAUGGAGUGCCGUAAUUCCCCAGUUGCCAAGACACCACCAUGUGACCUUCCAGACAUUCCAGGUGUGACAAGUCCUAACGUGGAAGAAUUGAAGGUAGAAAACAAUCGUGUGCACAACUACGAGGAGAAAGUGGGUGCAGGUGAGGAAGCUCAGUUUGACAUGGACAUCUAACGCACGUGCCCUGCGAAUGUUACUGGUGAAGAACAAAACCUCAAAGGGAGGUCCCUUCCAGCGAGGCUGUUAGAGUAGCCCACGCUUUGAGUGCUUUCCCGUUCCUUAGGAAGGGCAUCCACUUCUGCAGAGAACAGAAUACCCUCUGCUACGAGGACUGGAAGUCUCAGCUGACCUAUCUGGGUGUGAACCCCUGAGCACAGCCCCUGCUGUGAUGGGCAGCAGCAUGCGAGAGGAGAGAAACUCUCCAGGAUUGCUUUUUGUUUGUUUGUUUCAAAUUUCUAUGCCUUUGUUAAUCAGAGUGUGGAUACUGUAAAAGUCACAGCAAUGCAAUACAUGGGAGAAAUAAAAUCCUAUGAAGUCUCCAGGUGUGGGGAUUACUGCAA